GUGCGACCGUUCAGAUGGUGAUGUCUUUUUGUCAAUGCUGACGUUGACCGAGGUCGGUCAGGUAGUAUUGGUCCAGAUAGGAGGUAUGUUUCUCGUCAGAAUCAUCGAUUGGUGUAGUGUCUGGCUCAAUAUCUUGGCUUUGUUUGUGAACUUUGAAUCAUUUGAAAAAGCCCUAUGAAGACGGCUUCGUUGUGGGCAUCCUUGUGGGUGGUCCAAGGCUUGCGCUCCUAUCAAGAGGGCCGUCAGGGCUGUGACUAUCCAGAUUUGCUGGAUGCAAGUGUCACCGAACUUGAAGGAGGUGAAGUGAACGUGAAGUACUGUGGAACCAGCAUGACACUGGUUAAGACUGACGCCAAACCGGAUGCUUGGUCAGGGGUGAAUUGGUGGCUUCCACAGAUGCAAGGGAAGAAGCUCACGAAGGACGAGCUGGGUGCCAUCCAAGCUCAUUUGGGGGACUACCAGUACUCCAUGCCAGUGGGAAUGUUGGGCCGAGGAUUGGUUCCUACUCGCCCCAACAAGGAGUGGCAAUGGGCCUUUGAUGACUAUGGAGACAGUGUGAAACAGGUGAAAUCGGUUUUGGCUUUCGAGGUGGAGCUUGGCAAUGCCUUGAACAAGUUGCCAUCCGCCACCGAAGAGCUUUGGCGCGGCGCGUGGCUGCCGGUGGACCUGGUCGAGGCCGUCGCGGCCGCGAAAGCUUCUGGCGCGCCAGUGAGAUUUCCAUGGUUUCAGUCGACCACUACGGAUGAGUUGCAUUCCUACAAGUUCAUGCACACCAAGUGGCAGCCCUCCUAUUGCAAGCCAUCUUGUGAAAACAGAGGACUAGCCUAUCCAGUUCACUUUCAUAUCCAUAGCUGCAAAGGGAAGGACAUGACGAAGUGGAACCCCAAAGAGUCAGAGGUGAUUUUGCUCCCCAACUUGCCUUUCACGGUUCUUGAUGUGAAAGAGCUUGUGAAUGAUGAAGUCUGGGAGUUUACGGCACCUCAGAUGGAAGCUUGGUUGCGAGAGACCCAUUUGCUCCCGGACUGGUUCACCCAAAAGAGCACUGGCAGUAUCGAUGACCCGGAUGCGCCAAGAGGACCUUGGCCUAAGCUGGCUGACAAGGUGAAGAAGGGGAAGUGGGAUGGUGCCAAGUUCAUCAAAUGGUACGAGAAGAAAUGGAGUGAAUCAACGAGAUUGAGGUUGAAGAUGUCUCGGAAGGAAGAGCAGGAUUUGGGUUAUACGCUGCGAUCGCGUUUUCGCUUGCCAAGCAUUUUCCAACUCUCCGGGGAGCUCACGAAUGAUGCAUAUUCUUUUCAUCAGAUUGAAUUAAAGGAUUCUGAAGCAUGUGAGUAGUGCUGUUUGCAAGUAUACAGCCCCUGUGAACGGCUGAUUGCUAUAACUCAGAAAGCCAUUUGUUGCGCAAAAUGGCUUCCAGCAACCGAAGCACCAUGUAGACUUUGCUUGGCAAGAGCCCUCAACGCCCUGAAAAACAAUGUUCUUUAGUGUUAUAACAAAAACUUUCAUUGG